AUGCAGGUUGCAGGUGAACAAAGUUUGUAUUUGGAUCUUCCUAAUACUACGAGUAUGAAUAAGAAUGUUACUUUGAGUUUCCUCAAAGAUAAAAUGCACAAGCGAGUGGAAAGUUGGGACAGAAUGUGGCUCUCUAAGUUGAGAAAGGAAGUCCUUUUGAAAUCUAUCGCUAAAUUUCUCCCUAGUUAUGCUAUGAGUGUAUUUCUGCUUCCGCCUAAGCUUUAUUUUGAAAUGGAAAAAAUCAUGUGUAAGUAUUGGUGGCGGGCAAGAAGUAAUGGCCAAGGGAGGCAAGGGUGGCUGCUUUUAACUCAUUAUGGUUCACUUAUUGGCCGUAUAUUUCAAGCGCAGUAUUAUCCUCGUGGAUCUUUUUUGUUUGUGGAGUUGGGGUCAAAUCCUAGUUAUGUUUGGAGAAGUAUUUUUGCUUCUCAAGAGUUAUUUAAAGAUGGUUCCAGGCGGCGUGUUGUUGAUGGUUUUUCUAUUAACAUUUUGGGGCGGCCGUGGCUUCUUUGUGAGGAUCAGUCCGAGAUUACUUCUUUGCAUCCUAGUUUGGAGGGGGUGAAGGUUAAUCAGAUUAUGGUGGGAGGGGCCCAGACGUGGGAUGAUGAAAUUCUUGAUGAUUUGUUCAAUGCUUUUGACCAACAAUUAAUUAAGAGUAUUGUGUUGAAUGAUAAUCUUGGGUCGGAUCAUUGA